UGUGUCAUGCAAUAGACAAGGUCAAAGUUUAUAUGCAAAUGUAUAUAAGGCUCAAUAUUCUCUUGGAACGCUAUCACUUCUCUGAUUUUCAAGAUGAAGCAAGCACUGCUGUUUACGUUAUUGUUUGCUUUUCUCAUUCAAAUAAAUGGAUUGUCCAUAUUCACGGACAGCAGUGGCAACAGUUCAUCUCUAUUGGACAUCAAUGAUCCGGAAUCCAAAAAUACUGACGUCUUCCGACAGUUACUGAACCAAGAAACAAUCAUCAGAAUGUCAUUGGUGAAAAACGUACAUGCUUUAAUGAAGGACAUGCUGGAUCUGAAGAAAAGUAUGGAGACAUUGGAAACAUCCCAGCAGAAAACAGAUGUAGAAGUGGCCACCUUAAAACAGGAGGUUGAAAAACUGAAAACAGAAAACCAAAGACUUGAGCUUGAAAACAGGCAAUAUGAGGAAACUUUCAGAGCUGUUACAGAAAAUUUCACUAAAGUCGACGAACACAUUCAACAGGUUAUGGAAGAGUUGGAGGAGAAAAGAGAACGCUUUGAGACAAACACAAGUGCAGUCCUGGCGGAUCUUAAAGUAGAAAUUCGGUAUCUGUCAGUGACUCUUCUGGACUUAAAUAAACACACUUUGGAAUUUGACAAGAAAUUUCCUGAAAUGAUGCAGGAGAAAUAUGAACAAAUAUCUUUGAGACUGAACACUUCUGUGGAGAACUUGAACAAUGAUAUACUGACAACAAAUUACACAAUAUCAAAAUCAGUGUCUGACUUCGAAAACUCACAAAAUAUCAUACAAGAUUCUAUAUCUGUGAACAUCAGUAAAACAUUAGAGGGUCUGAUGGCGGAACUGAAACAAUCUAAGUAUGAGCAACUGCAGCUGUCUUCAACUGUGUCCGCUCUCGAGGUGUUCCGAAUGAAUGUGACGAAUAACAUUUUAGGUAAGACAAAAAGAGUGGGAUUUUCUGCCUCAGUGACCUCAUACAGCUCUUCAUGGAACAGUGGAACACUGGUAUUUCCUUCGGUUAUCACCAAUGAAGGAAAUGGAUACAAUCCAAGUAACGGAAUAUUUACUGCUCCCAUCGCCGGGAUGUACGUCUUCUUUGUAAAUGUUCAGGAUAAUGGAAAUAAUAUUUAUGUAGACAUUGUGCUGAAUGGAUCUACAAAAGCCAGAACUAUGUCCUAUUAUUCCGGUGAUUCUCACGACGCGGGUCCCAAUCUGGUGGUGCUGAAUAUUCAGAAGGGUGACGCAGUGUGGAUCAAACAUUACUCUGGUACAGGUUAUUACAGUAAUGGCCCAAUAACCACUUUCUCCGGUUUUCUCUUAUAAUAUUUGUAAUAAGCUCUCUAUGCUUACAGUGUACAUUGAUUUGAUAUGUUGUAUAUAUAUAUGAAGUAGUAAACAUCUCUGUCUGAGUUUUCUUGAAUAUAGACUGCGCCUAAGCAUAAAUUUUAAAAAAUAUAAAAUUACAGUAUCUCUGAGUGAAUUUGUUCUUUAAUUUUCAU